GACCAAGGACCCAGAGAGAAAGGCGGCAGUGCAGCCGGGGAGGCUGAGGAUCGACGGAGCUGGAUGAGUGAGGGUGAAGGCAAGAAGUAGAGCACAGAAGCAAAGAUUUUAAGAGGAAAGAAGACAUCUGAAGGCAACACCACCCUAAACUACAGGCUGCAGGGUUGGCAUGCUCCGUGCAAGACCAGGGACACUGAUGCUCCUAGGAGCUCUUCUGACUGGACCCCUGGAUCCAGCGGGCAAUCAGGACGCACUCUCACUGCCCUGGGAAGUGCAGCGCUAUGACGGCUGGUUUAACAACCUGAGGCACCACGAGCGUGGCGCUGUUGGCUGCCGGUUGCAGCGCCGAGUACCAGCCAAUUACGCCGACGGUGUGUAUCAGGCUCUGCAGGAGCCGCAGCUGCCCAACCCGCGCCGGCUCAGCGAUGCAGCCACGCGCGGCAUAGCUGGGCUGCCGUCGCUCCGCAACCGCACCGUACUGGGGGUGUUCUUUGGCUACCAUCUUCUUUCCGACGUGGUGAGCGUGGAAACGCCCGGCUGCCCCGCCGAGUUCCUCAACAUCCGCAUCCCGCCCGGAGACCCCGUGUUCGACCCGGACCAGCGCGGGGACGUGGUGCUGCCCUUCCAGAGGAGCCGCUGGGACCCCAAGACCGGACGGAGCCCCAGCAACCCCCGAGACCUGACCAAUCAGGUGACGGGCUGGCUGGACGGCAGCGCCAUCUAUGGCUCCUCGCAUUCCUGGAGCGACGCGCUGCGGAGCUUCUCCGGGGGACAGUUGGCGUCGGGGCCCGACCCCGCCUUCCCCCGAGACUCGCAGAAGCCCCUGCUCAUGUGGGCGGCGCCUGACCCCGCCAACGGGCAGAGCGGGCCCCGGGGGCUGUACGCCUUCGGGGCGGAGCGAGGGAACCGGGAGCCCUUCCUGCAGGCGCUGGGCCUGCUCUGGUUCCGCUAUCACAACCGGUGCGCGCAGAGGCUGGCACGCCAGCACCCAGACUGGGGGGACGAGGAGCUGUUCCAGCACGCGCGCAAGAGGGUCAUCGCCACCUACCAGAACAUCGCUAUGUAUGAGUGGCUGCCCAGCUUCCUGCAGAAAACACCCCCGGAGUAUACAGGAUACCAUCCUUUCCUAGACCCCAGCAUCUCCCCGGAAUUUGUGGUGGCCUCUGAGCAGUUCUUCUCUACCAUGGUGCCCCCUGGUGUCUACAUGAGAAAUGCCAGCUGUCAUUUCCGGAAGGUCCUGAACAAGGGUUUUCAAAGCUCCCAAGCUCUCAGGGUCUGCAACAACUACUGGAUUCGGGAGAACCCCAAUCUGAACAGUACCCAGGAGGUGAAUGAGCUGCUGCUGGGAAUGGCCUCCCAGAUUUCGGAGCUGGAGGACAGGAUAGUGGUUGAAGAUCUGAGGGAUUACUGGCCUGGCCCUGGCAAAUUCUCCCGUACAGACUAUGUGGCCAGCAGCAUCCAGCGUGGCCGAGAUAUGGGGCUGCCCAGCUAUAGCCAGGCCCUGCUGGCCUUUGGGCUGGACAUCCCAAGGAACUGGAGUGAUCUCAACCCUAAUGUGGAUCCCCAGGUGCUGGAGGCCACAGCUGCCCUGUACAAUCAGGACCUAUCCCAGCUAGAGCUGCUCCCUGGGGGGCUCCUGGAGAGCCAUGGGGACCCUGGACCCCUGUUCAGCGCCAUUGUCCUCGACCAGUUUGUACGGCUGCGGGAUGGUGACCGCUACUGGUUUGAGAACACCAGGAAUGGGCUGUUCUCCAAGAAGGAGAUUGAAGAAAUCCGAAAUACCACCCUGCGGGACGUGCUGGUCGCUGUUAUCAAUGUUGACCCCAGUGCUCUGCAGCCCAAUGUUUUUGUCUGGCAUAGAGGUGCACCCUGCCCUCAGCCUAAGCAGCUCACAACCAACGGCCUGCCCCCGUGUGCACCCCUGACGGUGCUUGACUUCUUUGAGGGCAGCAGCCCUGGUUUUGCCAUCACCAUCAUUGCUCUCUGCUGCCUUCCCUUAGUGAGUCUGCUUCUCUCUGGAGUGGUGGCCUAUUUCCGGGGCCGAGAACGCAAGGAGCUACAAAAGAAAGGCAAAGAGAGCGUGAAGAAGGAAGCAGCCAAAGAUGGAGUGCCAGCUAUGGAGUGGCCAGGCCCCAAGGAGAGCAGCAGUCCCAUCAUCAUCCAGCUGCUGCCAGACAGGUGUCUGCAGGUCCUGAACAGGCGUCUCACUGUGCUCCGUGUGGUCCAGCUGCAGCCUCUGCAGCAGGUCAACCUCAUCCUGUCCAGCAACCGAGGAUGCUGCACCCUGCUGCUCAAGAUCCCCAAGGAGUAUGACCUGGUGCUGCUGUUUAGUUCUGAAGAGGAACGGGGCGCCUUUGUGCAGCAACUACGGGACUUCUGUGUACGCUGGGCUCUGGGCCUCCAUGUGGCUGAGAUGAGUGAGAAGGAGCUAUUUAGGAAGGCUGUGACGAAACGGCAGCGGGAACGCAUCCUGGAGAUCUUCUUCAGACACCUUUUUGCUCAGGUGCUGGACAUCAACCAGGCCGACGCAGGGACCUUGCCCCUGGACUCCUGCCAGAAGGUGCGGGAGGCCCUGACCUGCGAGCUGAGCAGGGCCGAGUUUGCCGAGUCCCUGGGCCUCAAGCCCCAGGACACGUUUGUGGAGUCGAUGUUCUCUCUGGCUGACAAGGAUGGCAAUGGCUACCUGUCCUUCCGAGAGUUCCUGGAUAUCCUGGUGGUCUUCAUGAAAGGCUCCCCAGAGGAUAAGUCCCGUCUGAUGUUUACCAUGUAUGACCUGGAUGAGAAUGGCUUCCUCUCCAAGGACGAAUUCUUCACCAUGAUGCGGUCUUUCAUCGAGAUCUCCAACAACUGCCUGUCCAAGGCCCAGCUGGCCGAGGUGGUGGAGUCCAUGUUCCGGGAGUCGGGAUUCCAGGACAAGGAGGAGCUGACAUGGGAGGAUUUUCACUUCAUGCUGCGGGACCAUGACAGCGAGCUCCGCUUCACGCAGCUCUGUGUCAAAGGUGGAGGUGGAAGUGGUAUUAGAGAUAUCUUUAAACAAAACAUCAGCUGUCGAGUCUCAUUCAUCACUCGGACACCUGGGGAGGGCUCCCACCCCCAGGGACUGGGGCCCCCUGCCUCAGGAGCCCCAGAGCUGGGAGGCCCUGGACUGAAGAAGAGGUUUGGCAAAAAGGCAGCGGUGCCUGUUCCCCGGCUGUACACAGAGGCGCUGCAAGAGAAGACACAGCGAGGCCUCCUAGCCCAAAAGCUGCAGCAGUACAAGCGCUUCGUGGAGAACUACCGGAGGCACAUCGUGUGUGUCGCAAUCUUCUCAGCCAUCAGUGUUGGCGUGUUUGCAGAUCGUGCUUACUACUAUGGCUUUGCCUCGCCACCCUCGGGCAUUGCACAGACCACCCUCGUGGGCAUCAUCCUGUCACGGGGCACGGCGGCCAGCGUCUCCUUCAUGUUCUCCUAUAUCCUGCUCACCAUGUGCCGCAACCUCAUCACCUUCCUGCGAGAGACUUUCCUCAACCGCUACGUGCCCUUCGACGCCGCGGUGGACUUCCACCGCUGGAUCGCCAUGGCUGCUGUUGUCCUGGCUAUUUUGCACAGUGCUGGCCACGUGGUCAAUGUCUACAUCUUCUCAGUCAGCCCCCUCAGCCUGCUGGCCUGCAUAUUCCCCAACGUCUUUGUGAAUGAUGGGUCCAAGCUUCCCCAGAAGUUCUAUUGGUGGUUCUUCCAGACCGUCCCAGGUAUGACAGGGGUGCUUCUGCUCCUGGUCCUGGCCAUCAUGUAUGUCUUUGCCUCCCACCACUUCCGCCGCCGCAGCUUCCGGGGCUUCUGGCUGACCCACCACCUCUACAUCCUGCUCUAUGCCCUGCUCAUCAUCCACGGCAGCUAUGCUCUGAUCCAGCUGCCCACUUUCCACAUCUACUUCCUGGUCCCGGCAAUCAUCUAUGGGGGUGACAAGCUGGUGAGCCUGAGCCGGAAGAAGGUAGAGAUCAGCGUGGUGAAGGCGGAGCUGCUGCCCUCAGGAGUGACCUACCUGCAAUUCCAGAGGCCCCAGGGCUUUGAGUACAAGUCAGGGCAGUGGGUGCGGAUUGCUUGCCUGGCUCUGGGGACCACUGAGUACCACCCCUUCACCCUGACCUCUGCGCCCCAUGAGGACACGCUCAGCCUGCACAUCCGGGCGGUGGGGCCCUGGACCACUCGCCUCAGGGAGAUCUACUCAGCCCCGAGGGGCAGUGGCUGUGCUGGAUACCCGAAGCUGUACCUUGAUGGACCAUUUGGAGAGGGCCAUCAGGAGUGGCAUAAAUUUGAGGUGUCAGUGUUGGUGGGAGGGGGCAUUGGGGUCACCCCUUUUGCCUCCAUCCUCAAAGACCUGGUCUUCAAGUCAUCCUUGGGCAGCCAAAUGCUGUGUAAGAAGAUCUACUUUAUCUGGGUGACGCGGACCCAGCGUCAGUUUGAGUGGCUGGCUGACAUCAUCCGAGAGGUGGAGGAGAAUGACCACCAGGACCUGGUGUCUGUGCACAUCUACAUCACCCAGCUGGCUGAGAAGUUCGACCUCAGGACCACAAUGCUGUACAUCUGCGAGCGGCACUUCCAGAAGGUGCUGAACCGGAGUCUGUUCACGGGCCUGCGCUCCAUCACCCACUUUGGCCGUCCCCCCUUCGAGCCCUUCUUCAACUCCCUGCAGGAGGUCCACCCACAGGUGCGCAAGAUUGGGGUGUUCAGCUGUGGCCCUCCAGGAAUGACCAAGAAUGUAGAGAAGGCCUGUCAGCUCGUCAACAGGCAGGACCGAGCCCACUUCAUGCACCACUAUGAGAAUUUCUGAGCCCGUCCUCCCUGGCUGCUGCUUCCAGUACCCUGCCUUCCCUUCUGUGCACCUAACUUGCCCAACCCUAUUGGCAAUCUCUCCAUCAGAAUCUACUUUGGGCCUCAGCUGGAGGACUGCAGAGCCCCUCCCAAUAUUGGGAGCAAUAUUGGCCCAGACAAUUAUAUAGAUGAGAAAAGGCAGGAGACUAUGUUCUACAGUUGCAGUGCAUGAUGAUCAUAAGACCACCUAGUUAUCAACAGCAUUCCUGCAGCCCUCCAGCCUUCCUGCCCUUACCAAGUGCACAAUCAGUCAGGAUCUCCCAAAGAAGAUAAAGCCCACUCCCCACCCCAGCUCAAGCCAUGGCGGGUGUGGCAAGCAAAGUGGGGAGAGGACAGUCCCUGCUUGUGACUGAGGUACAACAGUGCUUGUCUCCAAUGGCCCCCACAUCUCCACAGAAUCGAUGCAUCGCUUUGCUAUUUGCUUGGCCCGAUAUUUGAGGGAGGAAGAGGCUAGGAUACUCUGGCUGAGAAUCUCCUCAAAGCCCAGUGCAGAAACCAUGAUGCUUAGAACCUGGACAGCUCGACUACCUCAACUCUGUCUCCAGGUCUUUUCCCUCUGGCUCCAAAAGGAGCAGCCCUACUUCUACCCCUUCCCGCCCCCAAAGUGUCAGCAACCUUGAAGAGGGCACCACGAAACAAAGAUGCCUCCCCAACCCUGAUAUUCCUGAUGUCACCAGUGACACCCACUGCCCUGACCCCUGGGCAGGCCCCUGUCUGCAUCUGCUGGAGUGGUCCCUGGGCUCUGGGACUGAAGGAUUCCAGCCUCUCUACCAGAUAUUCAGACCUUGCUCUCAAUUCCCCUCUUCCACAUGAGUUGGGUGACCAGCUGUCCUAGUUUGCCCAGGACUCUCCCUGUUUUAGCACUGAAAGUCUCUUGCCCCAGGAAACCCCAUCAGUCCCCGGCAGACUGGGACAGCUGGUCACCUUAUGCAAGAGCCAGUCUGAAACAUCCCCUCCGUACUCAGCUCUUUAACUUUUCUUUUCAUUUUCUAUCUGGCUCUUUCCUAAAAAGCUGAGCUGUAAAAUAUUUUACAUCCACAUAUAACAAGUAAUCAUGUAUAUAUUUUACCAUGACCCAGGUCAAGACAUAGAACAUUUCAACAUUUCCAUCACCCCAGAAAGUUCCCUCGUACUCACUUCCACUUAGUCUCCCCUAGCUUCUAGAAGCAACCACUGAUGUGAUUUCUACCAAAUCCAGUUUUGGUCAUACUAAAUGUACUCUUUUGAGACUGGUCUCUUUCACUUACCAUAAUGCUUUUGUAAUUCAUUCACGUUUUUGUGCGUAUCAGCACUUUGUUCCUAUUCCAUUGUAGAGAUGUACUCCAGCUUGUUUAUUCUUCUGUUGAUGGACGUUUGGGUUGUUUCUAAUGUUGAAUGAUUAUGAAUAAAAAUGCUGUGAGUUUUCU